CGAAGUAAGUAUCUUAUAUAAUAUACUGAGCCGGCCAUGGCUGUAGCAAUUUAUUCCAUUGGGUAGAUAAAUAUCGAUUUCUUUGGCAAUGACUUUAUUAAUAAUCACUCUUCUCAUAGCAAACCUCUUUGGGGUAGCUUUGGGCCAAGGUCCUCUAACGCAAACUAUCGAACUGCCAAUAGACCACUUUAAUACUUCUGACACCCGUACCUUUCUGAAUCGCUUCUGGAUCAAUGACACCUUCUACGAGCCAGGCGGUCCCGUAUUCUUCUUUGAUCAAGGUGAGGCAGGCGUUGGAGAUACCCAGCCCGAAACCUACUUGGGGCCACAGGGCGAAUUGAUUCAAUUUGCGCCCUUGCUGCUCGCAGAGAAGUAUAAUGGCAUUGCCAUUAUCUGGGAACACCGCUUCUACGGCUCCAGUCUUCCGUUUGAGGUCGACAACGAAACCGGGCUUGCUCUGGAGGGAUAUGGUGCCUAUAAAUAUCUGACCAACGAGCAAGCCUUGGAAGAUGCUGUGUACUUUGCCAGGCAUUUCAGUCCCGCGGGCUAUGAUGAGAAGGCAGCAAAGUCUCUUAGGGCAGACAAGACGCCGUGGAUCUGGCUGGGCGGCAGUUAUCCAGGAAUCCGCGCCGCCAUGAUCCGCCAGCGCAACCCCGAGACCUUUUUUGCAAGCUGGUCUUCCAGCGCACCCGUACAGGCAGUUGUCGACGGAAACGCGUAUUACAACACGAUACAACAAACAAUGAGCCCGAACUGCUCAGCCGAUAUGCACGCUGCCGUGACUUACGCUGAUCAGAUCCUAAAGUCUGGCACUGCGGACGAGAUUGCUCUCUUCAAACGUGCCAUCUUCCUUACUUACACAGCAAACCCUGGAAAAAAUAAUACCUUUAACACCUUUCCUGUCCCAGAAUCCCCGGAAGAUCUGACAGAAUGGGCUAUUGCCUCCAUAAUCACCCAUACGCUUCAAGGUUCCCUCGUCGCCUUCCAGACAUUUGGGUAUGCGCGAGCCCUUCAGCCCUUCUGCAACGACUUCGAGACGUGGAAUCCGGCCAAUUUCACUGGCUUCACGCUCUCAUCCCCCAUCACCUCUCUAACUGAAAACUCCGGGGGUGGUAUUCCCACUCCCGACGGAAUCGCCGCUUCCUCCUCCCCGGAACUGGCUUUCUACGCCUACCUCUAUGCCACGACGCGCAAAAUGGCAUCCGACUACAUCUUCCUCCCCAACGCCUAUUUCUCCCCUUCAGACCGCAUGGCCUGGACAUGGCAGCUUUGCAGCGAAUUCGGAGAAUUUCAAACGACGCAAGCCCACUCAAGCCCAGCGACCAACAUCGUCACAGAGCAUUACGACGUUGAUGGCACCAUAGCAUCAUUCUGCCAUGGCCCGUUCCCGUAUGCACCAGCAUAUCCAAAUGUAUCUGCUGCUGUUGGCAAAUAUGGCAGCUGGGGGAUGCGGCCGAGCAAUGUCAUGUUCACGAAUGGUGAGCUUGAUCCACUGCGGAGCAUAGGCGUCCAAGCGGAUAAGGGGAUAAACCCCGAGGCGCUGGAUAGGAAGAGCACGGAGACGGUGCCGCCAUGUGGUGUGCCGCCGCCUGGGAAUGAUGUGUUUGGUGUUGUGUAUGAAGGCGCGGUACACGUGUCAGAUCUGGCAUUUGCAGCUUCAGGACCAGCGCCAGUGGAGAAAGGGAGGGCGUUGUUUGAGAGUGCGCUAGAUGUUUGGUUGGAUUGUUUUGGAAAAGAGAAAGAUGAGUGUCAUAAGCAGUAAGUAAUGGGUUACAUAGCUGCGUAAUUUAGAGGGCGAGCUUCAAUUACAGUGAUCAAAGAUCAGAAGCGGCUUUUCGUUGCCCAACCCAACUUGAGGCAACAGCGGGUCACAGAGGCCUAUGGGAGAAUAACUGCUCCUCUUGCGCCUACUUUCUCAUUAGUCUGUUUUUUUUCGUUGUGUACAUUUACAUCUCACAAAACCUGCAUCAGCAUCCUUAUCUGACAACAAUGCCUACAGUCUCGUUUUCAAUUUUGCGUCACUUGUAAGCAUUGUCAUACCGAAGGCAGCCUAACCUUUAUCGGUGUCACAUAGUCACUGUAAUCAUAUAGAUGCUAUAUGGUUCAAAUUUGAGAUUAUCAUUAAUCCCGAAAUUCUUCGCAUGAUUGGGUAGAAUAUCAGAG